AUUCUAGAAUAAGAAAGACAAUGAGAAAACACUUGGUCUAUGCUCUGGCAUUCAAAUUGCCAUAUUAAUUUAUGCAUAAAAGUCUUUUUUCCCACUCCUCUUUUUUGAAAUCCACUGAUCAUCUCAUCCCACCUCUCUCCUUCUCCAGCUAUUAUACUCUGUUCUCAUGCAUACAUGUAUUUUGUUAUUUAUAUAUAUCAUCACCCGCACGUAGAAACCGACAGUCCGAAUCCAAAUUCAACACAAAUAUCACCGAAAAAUAUUCCAUCAAAUAUGGGGAGAGCUCCUUGCUGCGACAAAGCCAACGUCAAGAGAGGCCCCUGGUCGCCCGAUGAAGACGCCAAGCUAAAGGCCUACAUGGAGAAAAAUGGCGCCGGCACCCGAGGAAACUGGAUAUCCUUACCUCAAAAAAUAGGUCUUAAGAGGUGUGGGAAGAGUUGUAGGCUUAGAUGGUUGAAUUACCUCAGGCCGAAUAUCAAGCAUGGAGGGUUUACAGAGGAAGAAGAUAAGUUGAUCUGUAAUCUUUAUAAAAGCAUCGGAAGCCGAUGGUCUAUUAUCGCGGGGAAAUUACCUGGAAGAACAGAUAAUGACAUAAAAAACUAUUGGAAUACAAGGUUGAAGAAAAAGCUACUAGGUAAGCAGCAUAGAGAGCAAGAUGCACGGCGCAAUUACACUUGGCCACAAAAGCCAUUUGCCGUGCAAGAUUCAGCCAAUCCAAGCCAAGCUCAUCCUAAUGAGCAAGAAUUCCUUGCCAGUUUGAUGGUCCAGACUAAAGGAGAAAGAUUUUCUUAUGAUCAAGAAACAAAUUAUGGUUUAUUUGCUACAAGUAAAAGCAGCAUCAGCAAUGAAAUUUUUUACAACACAGAUGUCUCAUUUACUCGAGACAAAUUGGGUGAAAAUUCAGUUAAUAUGCUCACCUCUUCGAACUAUUCGAGUUUCUUAACUAGCUCUUGUCCUCCAAUGACAAGGUACUACUGUGGCGUUGAUAUUGCACCAGGAACCAAUUUUCAAGAAUUCGAAAAAAUCCGGGUAGAGCUGGAAGAGAUAGACUAUAAUUUUCCGCAACAAUUAGAUGGAUUGGAGAAUUUUUCUAUGCCGGAAAUGGUGAAUAGCAGCAGUGCUUAUCCUCCAAGGAUUUCGAAUUACGAAGCUUUCCAAGAAAUUCCACAUGAUCUUUCGUUUGAUAAGUCAAGUGACAUAGCUUUACGACAGGAACACGGCUCCUCAAAGGUGUAAACUAUCUUGUCAGUGGAAAUUCAGUGCUGGUGUGCUCGGUUGAAACGUGGAAAUUCUUUGUAUUGUUUUAUCAGUUUCAUCUAGAGAGAUGCUUACUUUCGGUAGUAUAAUUCAAUGUCAUGUGUCGAAUUUCUUUCACAUCUUUAUUUUGCUUUGACCUGUUGGUUGAUUCUGAAACUAGAAGGACUCUUUUUA